AACGUCUCCACGGAGGAGGGGCGUAAAUUAAGCACGAUGUCAAGCGGAAAUCGAGGACGGAAGUUUGGAUAAUUAAAUCACGGACCUAUUAAAUUUAAUCUAGAUCUAUGAAUUCAAUGCACACUAGGUCUGUGGACAGAACGUGCUUCGGAGCGAUAGGAUAGCUCUAGCCCUCCCUCCACUUUUGCCAGCCUUUGAGGGUGGUAUUGCGCUCAGUAACGGGAGGCUACAGAGUUUGGAACUGGGCAAAUGGUUGUAAACGAUAGCUGCAGGCUUUGCCUGAAAAGUGUAAGGAUUGGUGGAGUAAUGACCCACACCAAAUUAAUUUUCGACAAAAGGGACGGUAAUAAUGUAGCAUCGCAGUUGGCAAAACUCGGGCUGACCCUACACAACACACCGCAGCGGUCAUUCCGCGUCUGCUACAAAUGUUGUACAAUUAUCUCGCGACUACUACAAGAUAACACGGUGUUGCAGAGAUGGAAAGAUCAAGAAACCGCAGUGGUCGAGGAAACACCUCUGGAGACAGACGAAGCUGCUGCUUCUUCCGACGACAGGACCCAGGAAUCCACUCCGUCAACACCACCACCAACAACAACAACAGCCGACUUGCCUCCUCCAACCAGCGCCAGUGAGACAGAGAUUCUUCAAGGAAGUCAACUCACAUCAAAACCAACUCGUGACGCUGAGGAAUGCGACACCGAAGCAGAACACCACUCUGCGACGCAGCGAAACCUAAACAAAACAGCCAACAUGGUGGCCUGUGGUGGACCUAGUGGAACACAACACCCAGUAUCACCCAUACAGCCUAUGGUAAUACCAGUAAAGGGUCGAUGUCGUCUGUGCAAUGGCAUCCUGAAGGUAAACGGUAUGAGCAGCCAACUCAUCUUUGACAGAGGCUACAGCAACCCAAAAAGCUUAGACGAACGUCUUACCAAGCUUGGUUUGGAAUUGUCACACGUGCGGGAACGAUCGAAGCGAGUAUGCUUUAAGUGCAUUCGCUUGAUUGAGAAAGCCGAAGCCAUUCUCAGACCAUGGCAGAAAGCAGAAGAGGACCUACCAAAGUCUGAACACUCAUCUCUGACUACACUGUCAUCAGUGAGUUCUGUGGGCGGUGCAGCUUACGGGGGAAACGUGAGCUCUACAAAUUCUGCAAGACUUGAAUUGUCUUCCCCGCCAAUACAAACUCCCACAUUAUUUGUCCUCAAUAAUCAACUAUAUGUUCAGACUACUCACUCCCAAACAAACCAAUUUUGUGUAUCCAAUCCUGUCGUCCCCUCUGCACCAGUUUUUGUAUCCAAUUCUGUCAUCCCACCUGCACCAGUUUUUGUAUCCAAUCCUGUCAUCCCCUCUGCACCACUUUGUGUAUCCAGUCCUGCUAUUCCAUCUGCACCGAUGAUGUGUGUAAAGUCAGAGGAAAUGGAGGGAGAUGAAUGUCAAGUGUCUUUGGACAAGGCAACGCAGACGCACAACCCUGACUGGGAGCGUGUCUUACGCCGGACUCCUGAUGGUCUUGCAUCUGAAUUUCCCAUGCCAACAACUGAAAGCUCUCAAAACGGAGCAAGGAAAAAAAGUAUUAUCGAGGUGGUUCUGCAUUAUCGCUCCCGGCGUCAGAGCUAUUUGUGUGCAGAUGAUGACACAUCAAGCCUAGUGGAAGCCAUCGCAAAGAAAAACUGGAACUGGGCUGCCAAAAAGAUCAUGAGACACACAGAGCUACUUGGACCGCUCACUGACAACAUCCUGGUCCUUAUCGAGGAGGAAUGCAAGAAGAUCUGCAGUCCAGACGCAAAUUUCAUGUUGGCCAAGACGUCAGCUGAAGAUCUGAAAGCAUUCUCCCUUCAGAAAUUGCGCAAAGACCUCGAGCGCCUUCCCCGUUUUUGUUGUCGAUUUUCUCGUGCAUCUCCAGAAAAUCUGAGGAUAUGGCAUGUGUUGCAGCAGCAAUAGCUUUCAGAGGCCGAGACCAACACUUGGCAGCCUUUUCGCACUAUGUGACUAACAUCCUGCUGUAUGGUGGGGUGAGGAAGAGAGUCCUUAAUAGCAUUACAAAAUUCGGCAUAACCGUUUCGUACACAAGUGUGUUGAGGAAACGGAUGGAACUUGCGAGCAGUGGAGAGCACUUCGAACCACUGAAAACAACCAACAAAACAUUUCUGAAUGAAGAUGAUGAUGAUGAUGAUGAUGAUGGAGACAACAGAGCAGCCAAUGAUGGAUGUGUGCAAGGGAGCGAAAACGAUGUUGCCGAAGGAACUACCAGAACGAGCAUGCCCGAUGUUACUGUGAAAGUGAAGAGUGAAACCAUGCACGAUAGCCCUAUGCAGAGCACUCAUGAGAACCCCAGUGGAAUGGAACAGACUACUGGUGUCAACACUCCAUCACAGAGGGACCAGGAACUGGAGUCCAAUGAAGAUACAGAUGCACCCUUCAAUAUACAUCCCACACACUUGAAAGGGCGCCCCAACGUCAAUCAGUACCUAAAGGACCAGGUCUACAAAUGCCCAUGCUGCAAGUUCUCCACGGAACUUAAACACAAAUUCAACUUCCACAUGGACUUCCACAUUAAUCGUGCUGUGCCGUUUAAAGGCUACUACAUCUGCAAAUGCCAAAUGCUGUGUCGUCUAACACGACAGACGUUGUUUCCAACGGCAGUGCUCAGUGCAGAGCCGCACUUCCAUUGUCUUUUCUGCCCGCUUACAAUUGAGAUCAAACAAAACUUCGCGCUGCAUUUGAUGUAUUGCUCCAUGCCACCUCAUCCUUUUCCUGCCUCCACUGACAACGAUCGGCCCUCCAACCACAACCCUCUGCCCUGCAGUGCUGGAGCCACUAAGGAUCCGUCAUCUCCUGCCACUCUAUCUGGACAGCGUUUGAUGGGUCACCAUAUGGCUUGCCAAACUGAUCCACCAGAAACGACCACCGUUGCAACACAAUUGUCCAUCGAGACAUUUAAACCCCACUGCAAAAGCAGAGACACACAGACGUCUGUAGUCUACAGCGAUGUCUGUGCCAGCACUGAAUCGGAGACGAUCGAGAGAUUUCCUUUGGAUCCCUACAAGAGACCGAGCAAGAGGCCACGUCUGGAGCUGGAGGAGGAAGCCGAGAACCUCUUGGACAGCAGCUCAUUGAUGGACAUCGGGGAGACAGUGACCAUUUUGGCCGAGUCUGCAGAUUUAGCAACUUCGCAUACACCUGUCCAAAAGACGCCUACGUAUAUCGUCUAUGAAUCCUGCUUAAGGGAGCUGUUCACAGAUUGUCCGGACUGCAAGAUGAAGACAGAUGUCAGCAUGAGACGUUGGGGCACAUUCCUGACUGUGCAGCAGCAUUGCCAAUAUUGUCAGUACUCUCGACGAUGGAACAGCCAGCCUGUUCUUGGAAGCACUCCUGCAGGGAACCUACAACUGGCUGCGGCCAUUUACAUCAAUGGUGCAUCUUUCACCAACAUCGAACAGAUUUUUAAGACGAUGAGCUUGAAGAUGUUGUCCUACGAGACCUUCCAAAGACAAACCCGUAUGUACAUAGAGCCAGCUAUCGUCCACAAGUGGAGGACGACCCAAGAUGGCCUGUUGGCAGAGCUUUCUCAACAGCACCUCAUCCACCUUCGUGGAGACAUGAGGACAGACCUUCCAGACCGUACUCCCUGGUUUGGCAGCUACACCAUGAUAGACCUCAGAAAUAACAAAGUCAUCGAUAUUCAGUUAAUUGAGAGAAGUGAGGUUGGUGCCAAUGAGAGCAUGGAGACAAAAGGCCUGGGAAGGAGUCUCACUCUCUUGAAGGAUCAUGACGUGAGACCUGACACCGUCGUCACAGAGGCUCGACCCGAAAUUGAGGAGUUCCUCAGUGAGGCCACCUUCACACACUACUAUGAUGUUAGACACGUCGAAAAAGUACUUUCCCAGAAGCUGCAAACAAUGUCGCAUAAGAAAUUCUUCCCACGUCUGAAGAAAUGGUUCCCCACCAUAAGAGAACACCUGUAUUGGACAGCAGAGACCUCCACCACGGGACCAGAGAGAGAAGCAAAGUGGCGAUCGCUCAUGUAUCGCGUUCGAAAUGUUCAUGUCCACGGCGACCCUCGAUUCCCUCAGGGUCUGCCCAAAUCACAAAGGUGUCUGAGGGACCGACCAAAAUGGCUGAUAGAUGGAUCACAAGCCCUCAACGAAUUGAGGAAGGUACUAAGCACUGAGAAGAUCAUGAAUGAUAUAUGGAAACUCAGCCCUCAUCCCCACACAACUUCACUUGAGGACUUCCACAGUGUGAGCAAGCGAUUCACGCCCAAAAAUGUGAUUCUUCCUUAUCAAGGAAGACUAUGCAGGUUGUAUUUGGCAGCUCUGCACUUUAAUGAAAACUCAGGCCGUCCCCAAGCGACCUCAGCUGAUGGUGAGCCCCUGUUCAGGGUGGCGUUUCCCAAGUCCCAGACAAGAGAAUGCACAGACAAGCCAGUGAAGGUGGAGCCAACAUACCGCUACGAGGAAGAUCUGGUGGACUUGGUGUUUGACAAGGUCUUCCCGGAUCCCACUCCAUAUGUGGAAGAGGUGCUGAAGAUCCCCAGACCUCCAGAUGUGCCUUCACGCUUUGACCAACCGUGUAGUCAGGAUGUUGUAUCUGGCUACGUCUCCGCUACCAAUCGAGGAGGCAGGCCUCCCCUCUAUUGACCUCCUGAUGUGCCUUCACGCUUUGACCAACCGUGUAGUCAGCAUGUUGUAUCCGGCUAGGUCUCAGUUAUCAAUCGAGGAGGCAGGCCUCCCCUUUAGUAAUCUACCAUCUUAAGUGAUCACAGGCGGGAGGGGCAACUGCAGUUUGGACCAUUUUUGUAUCAAUGUUAAGAUCUUUCCUUGUUUAUUUUUGUACUCAUUAAUCUUUUGCACAUCUCAACUUUGUAACGUUAUACAGCUUUGUAAUUGAAUGUGCACAAGUGAAAAAAAAUCCUUGAUGUUGCAAAUGUUUUAGUUUGCCUGUGUUGCACAGUUCAUAUUCUGAUCUGUGAAUAUUCAGAGUUCAAUUUUUUUUAAUAAAUUGAUCUGAAUGUAAUGAAUUUCUUGCCUGGAAUGUUGGCGUUCUUUAGUGGUAGCAAAUGUAUUGUAAUUCACCCCCAGAUUGCCUAAUGCCAGUCCAUAGAAUUGGUCCAUAGUCAUCCUCAGACUACU